UGAUAGUGGUGGAAGUGAUGGUGGUGGAGGUGAUGGUGGUGGAAGUGAUGGUGGUGAAAGUGAUGGUGGUGAUGAUGUUGGUUGUGGUGGAAGUGAUGGUGGUGGCGAAAGUGAUGGUUGUGGUGAAAGUGAUGAUGUUGGUUGUGGUGGAAGUGAUGGUGGUGGUUGAAAUGAUGGUGGUAGAGGCGAUGGUGGUAAUGAUGAUAGUGAUAAUGACGGAUGGUGGUAAUGAUGUUGAUUGCGAUGACUGAUGAUGAGAUGUUGGUGGUGAUAAUGAUGGUGGUGGUGAUAAGGAUGAUGGUGGUAGUAAAAGUCAUGAUGGUGAUGCUCAUGAUGGUCUUGUGGCAUUGAUAGUGGUAAAUAUUACUGAUAAUGUAAAUCUUCCACUUGAUGUAGAUAAAAGAUUUGCGGAAAAUGGUGCAGUGGAGUUCAUCUUUUCAAGUUCAGCGAAUUUACGACCAGGUAAGGGUUCCUAUCAUUAUACAACUAUUACUGUGUGUUUCAUACAUUUACUUUGUGAGAAGAGUACUACUCUCCCGCUAUACCCUUGUUUCUUCACGUAACAUUGAAUUAAGGUGGCUGCUACUGGAUGAUGACAUCACAUCUGCAGAUAAUAGAUUUGUCAUUUAGAAUUUACAUCCAGCUUCUUUACAUGCAGAAAAUAUAAAGCCAUGGUGGAGAUUUGCCUCGGUAACUGAAGCGGAAACUAAACGAGUUACAACCUAUGACAGCAUUAAUAGUUUCGGCUUCGGCAGAUAACACAACCUCGGCCUCGAUAAUUUUAGAUAUUUACCUUAGUUCUAGGUAGAGCAGUUUAGAUUAGAAUGUUAGGGUUUGUAAUCCAAGUGAGAAUAUAUACAUAAUAUGUAUCUUAAUAUGUAUAUAUUCUCACUUGGAUUACAAACCCUAACAUUCUAAUAUUAAUUCCACCAAGUGAAGUGCAGAAUCCAUCAUUGAAGUCCACCUUAUCACAAUCCGCACACCCGAUUACCUAUAUAUACAUGAACUUAGGAUUACAGCUCAACAGCUGGCCUCUGUAGCUCAGUUGGUCAGAGCGCCGCACCGGAAUCACGGGGCCGUAGGUUCAAUUCCUACCAGAGGAGCUUGUGCUGCAUUUUUCGCAGUCGUUCCUGGUUAGGUCUUAAAAUGUAUAUAUUCUCACUUGGAUUACAAACCCUAACAUUCUAAUAUUAAUUCCACCAAGUGAAGUGCAGAAUCCAUCAUUGAAGAGCAGUUUAGAACCGUCCUAGAGAUAUCUAGUAUAAAGGUCCAUUUUCACUCAGGGAAAUUUUCCGCAGAAAGAAAAUUUUGUAAAAUGUUAUUGGCCGACACAAAUUUUCCUUGGGAAAGAAUUUUAACAAUGAUAUUUUUGGAAAAUUUGCUGUCCGUGGAAAUUUUUCUCGAGUGGAAAAUGGGCCUUGAGGGAUGCCCUUAUUGGAUCGCGGGGAGGAACAGUCUAGAACUAGUAUAACUAUCUAGUAUGAAUAUAUUGUAAAACGACCUCUUUAUUCGUUGUAAUUAUAUAGCAACACGCGGAAUCGUCGAGGCCGUUAGGGGGACAGCUUGAUUAGAUCCACAACAAGUAAAACUUCAAUACGUAUAUCUUUCUUAAUAUCUUUUAAUGUUCCCCCAGUGCGUGCUAUGUUCCAAUUCUCUCGAAUGAAUGUGCGUAUCGAUAUCUAUUUACAUAAGACAAUGUUCAUUGUUCAUUGUGCAUUGUCCAUAGGUGCGUGCGCAUCCUAAUCUUAAUAACCAAACAAAGUUCAAAGGUUCACAUAACAAAGAUCAAUGGUGCUCUUACAAUAUAAAGCCAGUUUAGUUGAGGUUUCUCCCCUUGUACUUCAGUGAACUGAAUAUUCAGUUGUACAACUUUUAGCAAUGUUCUUUUAGUUUAUGUUUCGUGCUUUUGUAACAAUUUAUUUUAAUGUAACUCCUGUUCUACAUCGUAUAGGGACGGCAGUUGGUGACACAAUGAACGAAUUACAAUUUUCUGUUCGUCGCAAAAGGAUCAAAUCUUUCCAAUCAACCGAUUCCUUGGAUAAAUGGCGAGAAUUUGACGCCAUUGAUGAGGGAGAGGGGAUGGAACUCACAGGUACAUAUAUAGGUUCUUGAGGGAUAAUACAGGACACUGUUCUGUGUAUAAAGUUGGUUGCAGACAUGUGUACGUGCUACAAAUUCAAUUUUACAAUAUAACAAGUUCAAUGGACCUUUCCCCAAUUAACCAAAAUUUUGAACUCAACAAGUCUAGACAAAAAUUUCAUCACAGCUUGAAAGAGCAUCACAAAAUUAGUAAUAUUCCAAAGUUUCGUUGCAAAAUGUUGUAAAAUGCGGAUAAUAUAGCCUUGCGAAGUUUACAAUUUUCAGUCAUUUUAGAUUACAAACGGGAAAUGGUUACCACUUCUGUGCGUAAUACAAAAUGACUGAAAAUUACAAACUUCGCAAGGCUAUAUUAUCCGCAUUUUACAACAUUUUGCAACGAAACUUUGGAAUAUUACUAAUUUUGUGAUGCUCUUUCAAGCUGUGAUGAAAUUUUUGUUUAGGCUAAUUAAGAUCAAAAUUUUGGAAAAGUGGUAACCAUUUCCCGUUUGUAAUCUAAAUGACUGAAAAUUGCAAAUUUCGCAAGGCUAUAUUAUCCGCAUUUUACAACAUUUCGCAACGAAACUUUGGAAUAUUACUAAUUUUGUGAUGCUCUUUCAUGCCAUGAUGGAAUUUUGUCUAGACUUGUUGAGAUCAAAAUUUUGGUUAAUUGGGGAAUGGUCCAUGCAUUUUAUAACAUUUAUUGAGUAUUCCGCUAUACAUGACUAAACAAUAAAUAUGGUACAACACAUAUGUUACAAAACGACAAGACAAUUAGUAGAUAAACUCAAACGGAUGAGCAAAAACGGGACAAGAACAAGAUUUUGGGGGAAAUAGUGGGGGAGGUAGAAAAAUUUAGGGGAGGUGCAGAGACCCCCAUGGAAAGUUCGGGCUUGGAACUGGCCAAAAUCAACAACAUGACGUAUGACUGUACAACUCAUCCAAUUUUGUAUGCCCUUCAUUACAAUUGCUACAAAGUUUCGUUCAAAACAUUGCAUUAAAAGGGCAUUUGACACAUAGAUGAAUGACUAUCACUGUUUCAAUUUUACAGAAAAACUUUCUUGUGGAGUGUAGCCCUAAACAACCAAAAAAUGUCAAAUUUUCACUUUGAUCUAUCAUUGAAACUUUCCCAAGGGGAGGUCCAUCACUUUUCAGGGGAGGUGCAAAAGCCAAAAUGAUCUCAGGGGAGGUGAGGUGCGCGCCUCCCCACACCUCCCCCCCAAAAAAAAACCCAACUUUAAAUAUAACUAAAGAUAGGAUAAAGCGACUAAAUGGGCCUUAAAUAUACGAAUUUAUACAUAUACUGUACAUACUGCAAACUUCAAGGAGCCGAACGAACCCCAAAAGUGAUACUCUGCAACCAAAAACAGUUCAUAAGCGAUUACAGAAUAACACCACAUCAGUCAUAAACGCAUAGACGACGUGUACACAACAAUUACUGAUAGCUAAGUCUUAUGGCAAGGACAGUCACGAGUCGACGACCACGUACAGACCAUGUCAAUGUCAUAAACGGAACUAACUAAGAUACAUUUUAAUAGAAUAUGGACGGCUAGUGAAAAUGUCAGGUGAAAUCAGGUCUUUCCAAUUCUAUUAAAGUACGAUGAUUGGAAGGUGUUAGUUUUGCAGAGUUGACUUUUGGGUCUAUCCAGUGUGUUAUCAGAUCAGUUCACGCGAGUCUUGGAAGGCCAUUAUAGGCCGUGGGCUGUUGUGCAAAAAAGUGCCUAGAAAAGCAAUUUCGUGGCACCCUCCUGGGAAAUAGAUUUUCUGUGGUUUAAUUCAUAGAACCAUAGAUGCUUAAUUACCACAAAAAGUUCCCAAGCAAAAAACCUGCCCAACACCGAGAAAAUGCGUGAUCAAUUAUUAUUCUCUAUUAAAUUGUAUUACAGCAAGAAAAUGUAAAAUUUUGUAUUCAAUUACAACAAAAAUGACUUGCAUUGUCAGAAAGCUUACAAAAACCUACAUAUAAGACGUUUAAACAGUUUUUUAUAUCUAUAAUUGUUUUCGAGUUAUACGCUGUCAAAAACGCGUUUUUGACCUAGUACCCAGUCCUUAUUGCGACAUUUUCCAAUUUUCACAUUUAAAACAGCAAUACCAAAUACUAUUUGAAAAAUCAAAAAACUGUUUAAAAGUCUUAUAUGCGGUUUUUUGUACGUUUUCCGAUGAUGCAAGUCAUUUUUAUUGUAAUUGAAUACAGAAUUUCCCAUUUUUUUUGCUGUAAUACAAUUUAAUAGAGGAUAAUCAUUGAUCACCCAUUUUCUUGGGAUUGGGCAACUUUUUUGCUUGGGAACUUUUUUUGGUAGUGAUGUACCUAUAUGCCUUUCAAAUAAACCCCAAAGCAAGUAUUUCCCACAUGGGUGCCACGAAGCGAAAUAAUUUUGGCCAACAGCCCACGGCCUAUUACUGUGAACAGAGUAACAGACGUAAAACAUGACGUCAUUAUUCCGCUUCGGCGCAAGAAUUGCUAUAACCAAAAAUAAAACUGCAACACCCCACUCCUUGUCACCCUUUCGAGAGGCAUUUCACGACUACACUACCACUGGUUAGUGUUGAGGUUUGAAUAUUUCUAUUUUAUCAGAUAUGAAAUCGUGA